AUGCACGAGACCAGAAAACACAUUUUGCCCAAGGCAGGUGAAAUCACCGUGGGAAUUUCGGCGCUAGAGUACUACCAUCGGCGUCUUGAAUUGGCCAAGCAGCUCCCUGAGCGGUCCGCAGCCAUUUUGGUGGGGAAUCGUAUCCAACACUCAUCGGGCGCUGUAUUUUACGAUUUCCAGCAGGAUAAUGAUCUCUACUACUUAACAGGAUGGUUGGAACCCGAUAGUGUGGCCGUGAUCGAGAAAGUUGCCGAUACGGGGAGUGAAACGGAUGUGGUGUUCCAUAUGAUUGUUCCUCCCAAGAAUCCUGCAACAGAGCUCUGGGAGGGUGCCAAAUCGGGAUUAGAGGGUGCUUACGACUACUUCAAUGCUGAUGAGGUGGCUGGAAUUGGCCGCGUGGACUCAUAUUUGCGCCACAUCAUCGAGAGAAAUGAUUACGUCUAUGUGGAUGACAAGACCAAAGGCAACAAUACUGGCAACGCCAACUUCAAACUGUUCUUCAAUUUCACGCCCAAGGGACAUCUGGCCACCAUUCAGGAAUUGCUCCGGACGUCUCGAGCCACUGUGCGACCAUUGAAGCCAAUUGUGGCCGAGCAGAGGCUGAUCAAGUCAGAAGCAGAAAUCAAGGUGAUGCACCGUGCUGGAAAGAUCUCAUCGCGGGCAAUUAACACGGCUAUAGCACGUGUGGGGUCUGUUGAUCCAUUUCUGUCGGAGAAGACGCUUGCUCAAUACUUGGAGUAUGCUUUUGUCCGUGGAGGCUGUGACAAGCAAGCAUACAUUCCAGUUGUUGCCAGUGGAGAAAAUGCAUUAACCAUCCACUAUACAAGAAAUGAUGACUUGCUUUACCGAGAUGAGACGGUUUUUGUGGACGCCGGUGGAAAGUUGGGAGGCUACUGUGCUGAUAUUUCAAGAACAUGGCCCAAUUCGCCUAAUGGGUUCUCACCUGCUCAAAAAGACAUCUAUCAAGUUGUUUUGGAAGCAAACAAGGUAUGUAUUGACCAGUGUCACGAGAAUGCUGCCAUGUCAUUGCAAGAUCUCCAUGAACUUUCGGUGACGACGUUGACCCAAGGUUUGAGACAAAUCACGGGCUUCUCCAAUGUGACCAGAUCAGAGGUUUCCAGAGAACUUUUCCCCCACUACAUCGGCCACCAUUUGGGGUUGGACUUGCAUGAUAUUCCAUCUGUUUCGAGACAUACCCGCGUGAAGAAGGGCAAUGUCAUUACCAUCGAGCCCGGAUUGUACAUUCCCUUCGACACCAAGUGGCCCAAGCAAUUUCAAGGCAUCGGAGUGCGAGUAGAGGACGAUAUUGCGGUGGGAAAAGUGUCCAGCGACGUCUUGAACUUGACCAGUUUGUGUGUGAAAGAGGUGGACGACAUCGAGGCAUUGAUCCGGGAGGGAAAGGUCACCACUCCUGGAGUCUACGACGAGGUUGUGGAAAUAUGUAUAUAG